GGUCAUGAGGCAGUGGUGAAGCUGCUGCUCGAUAAGAAUGCCGACAUUGAGUCUAAGGGUAGUAUCUCUGGUCGGACCCCGCUGUCAAGGGCAGCCAAGAAGGGUCAUGAGGCAGUGGUGAAGCAGCUGCUUGAAAAGAAUGCCAACAUUGAGUCUAAGGAUAGUGUCUAUAGCCAGACCCCACUGUCAAGGGCAGCUGAGAAGGGUCAUGAGGCAGUGGUGAAGCUGCUGCUUGAAAAGAAUGCCGACAUUGAGUCUAAGGAUAAUAGAUCUAGCCUAACCCCGCUGUCAUUGGCAGCCAUGAGGGGUCAUGAGGCAGUGGUGAAGGUGCUGCUUGAAAAGAAUGCCGACAUUGAGUCUAAGGAUGACAGAUCUGACCUAACCCCGCUGUCAUUGACAGCCAUGAGGGGUCAUGAGGCAGUGGUGAAGGUGCUGCUUGAAAAGAAUGCCGACAUUGAGUCUAAGGAUAGUGUCUUUGGCCGGACUCCGCUGUCAUGGGCAGCCAUAGAGGGUCAUAAGGCAGUGGUGAAGAUGCUCCUUGAAAAGAAUGCCAACAUUGAGUCUAAGGAUAGUGUCUAUAGCCAGACCCCACUGUCAAGGGCAGCUGAGAAGGGUCAUGAGGCAGUGGUGAAGCUGCUGCUCAAGAAGAAUGCUGAUGUCGAGUCUAAGGAUAAUGAAUUUGGCCGGACCCCGCUGUCAUGGGCAGUCAUAGGGGGCCAUGAAGCAGUGGUGAAGCUGAUUCGAGACGCAAAAUCUUCUCGGCUUUCUGUCUGA